GUUGCCCAGACGUUCUACAUUACCAUCAAGCCAGUGGACGACUCCCUGCCUCUGCUCCAGGUUCCUGGUAUGAGGGUCCAGGAAGGAGUGAGGAAGACCAUCACCGAAUUUGAGCUGAAAGCCACAGAUGCAGACACUGAAGCGGAGUCCAUUGUCUUCACUGUCGUCCAGGCUCCACGUCACGGCACCAUAGAGCGCACGGGCAAUGGCCAACAUUACCGGCAGACCAGCAGUUUCACCAUGGAUGACAUCUACCAGAACCGCAUCAGCUACAACCACGACGGCUCCAACUCGCUCAAAGACCGCUUCACCUUCACUGUGGCUGAUGGCACCAACCUGCUGUUCAUGGUGGAAGAGGGCAGCAAGGAGAUAGUGACGGCUGCACCACAGAAGUUCAAGAUCGAUAUUCUGCCAGUUGACGAUGGCACUCCGCGUAUCGUCAGCAACCUGGGACUGCAGUGGCUGGAGUACAUGGAAAACAAGGCUACCAACCUGAUCACCAAGAAGGAGCUGCUGACUAUGGAUCCAGACACAGAUGAUGGACAGUUGGUUUACGAAAUCACCACAGAGCCAAAGCACGGCUUCCUGGAGAGUAAGCUGAAACCUGGAAACCCCAUCACCACCUUCACACAAGCUGAUGUAAACUUGGGUCUGAUCCGCUACGUGCUGCAUCAGAAGAACGUUCAGGAAACCAUGGACAACUUCAAGUUCCUGGUCAAAGACAGCAAACCAAACGUGGUCAGCGACAACGUCUUCCACAUCCAGUGGUCACUCAUCAGCUUUGAGCACAAAAGCUACAAUGUGAGUGAGAAGGCCGGCACGGUGGCUGUGACGGUGAAACGAACAGGUAACCUCAACCAGUACGCCAUCGUUCUCUGCCGCACCGAGCAGGGCAGCGGCACCUCCACCAGCAGCGUCGGAUCUCGUCCGGGCCAGCAGGACUAUGUGGAAUAUGCUGGACAGGUACAGUUUGAUGAGCGUGAGGACACCAAAGUGUGCACCAUAGUGAUUAACGAUGACAAGGUGUUUGAGGGAACUGAAAGCUUCCACGUGGAGCUGAGCAUGCCUGUGUAUGCGCUGCUGGGCGGAAACACGCGUGCCAUCGUCAACAUCAACGACACAGAGGACGAACCAACUCUGCAGUUUGAUAAAAAGACCUACCACGUCAACGAGAGCACUGGCUUCAUCCACGUACCCAUCGAGAGAAAAGGUGACACCUCCAGCACCGUGUCUGCUCUCUGCUACACCGUGGGCAAGUCAGCUCAGGGCAGCAGCCUCCACGCUCUGGAGUCCGGCUCCGACUACAAGAGCCGCGGCAUGACCAAUGACAACCGCGUCAUCUUUGGCCCCGGCAUCAGCAUGUCCACCUGUGACGUUAAGCUCAUCGACGACAGCGAGUAUGAGCUGUCUGAGGAGUUUGAGCUGGUGCUUUCAGACGCCUCGGAUAAUGCCCGUAUGGGGGACGUGACGCUGGCCAAGGUCGUCAUCGAUGGACCCAACGAUGCUUCGACGGUUUCUCUUGGGAACGCCACCUUUACUUUCAGUGAAGAUGCUGGCACAAUUGAAAUACCAGUGCUGCGCCAUGGCAGUGACCUGUCCUCUGUGACUUCUGUAUGGUGUGCCACCCGACCUUCAGAUCCCCCCUCAGCCAGCCCGGGGGUCGACUACAUCCCCAGCUCCAAGAAGGUGGAGUUCAAACCUGGAAAAACUGAGGAGACCUGCAGUUUGACCAUAAUGGACGACAUCCAGAACCCGUCCAUCGAAGGAUCUGAGUCUUUUGUGGUAUUCCUCAGUUCCCCGCAAGGUGCUGUCCUCCAAGAGCCCUAUGAAGCCAACGUUGUCAUCACUGACACCUUCCAGGACAUUCCCAGCAUGCAGUUUGAGAAGAGUGCCUACAUUGUGAAGGAGAAAGACAGUGUCCUGCACAUCCCCAUCAUCCGUACAGGUGACCUGUCCUUCAAGUCAUCAGUGCGGUGUUUCACUCGGACCAUGUCGGCCAUGGUGAUGGACGACUUUGAGGAGAGGAAGAAUGCUGAUGAGUCACGCAUCACUUUCCUCAAAGGAGAGAAGGUAAAAAACUGCACCGUUCACAUCAAUGAUGACUCUGUUUUUGAGCCCGAAGAGGAGUUCCAGGUGCAUCUUGGGACACCACUUGGUGACCACUGGAGUGGCGCCAUGGUGGGCGCUAGUGACAUUGUCACUAUCACUAUCACCAACGAUGAAGAUGCUCCCACCAUUGAGUUUGAGCAGGCGUCCUACCAGGUGAGAGAGCCACCUGGUCCAGAUGGCAUUGAGGUGCUUGACAUAAAGGUGAUCCGUCGGGGGGAUCUGGACCGGACCUCCAAGAUCCGCUGCAGCACCCGGGACGGAUCGGCCCAGUCUGGAGUGGACUACAAUCCCAAGAGCCGAGUGCUUAAAUUCACCCCUGGGAUGGACCAUUUCCUGUUCAAGGUGGAGAUUCUGUCCAAUGAGGACAGGGAGUGGCACGAGUCCUUCUCAUUGGUCCUCGGACCUGAUGACCCUGUGGAGGCGGUACUCGGGGAGAUCACUAUGGCCACAGUGACCAUUCUGGACCAGGAGGCUUCAGGCAGCCUCAUCCUCCCUGCCACGCCUAUUGUGGUGUCUCUCGCCGACUAUGAUCAUGUCCAGGAGGUGACAAAGGAAGGCAGUAAGAAGACGCCCUCUCCAGGUUACCCUCUGGUGUGUGUCACCCCCUGUGACCCUCACUACCCCAAGUACUCUGUGAUGAAGGAGCGCUGUGAGGAGGCAGGCAUCAACCAGACCCAAGUUCACUUCUCCUGGGAAGUGGCGGCACCCACCGACACCAGCGGCGCUCGGUCCCCCUUUGAGACAGUCACAGACACCACGCCGUAUACCAGCGUCAACCACAUGGUCCUGGACAGUAUUUAUUUCAGCCGUCGCUUCCACGUUCGCUGCGUUGCUCAGGCCAGGGAUAAGGCUGGUCACCUUGGAACGCCGCUGAGAAGCAACAUCGCCACCAUCGGCACAGAGGGCUCCAUCUGCCACACGCCGGUUACCACGGGAACCGCCAGAGGCUUCCAGGCUCAGUCCUUCAUCGCCACACUCAAAUACCUGGACGUCAAGCACAAGGAACACCCCAACCGUAUCCAUAUUUCAGUGCAGAUCCCCCAUCAGGACGGCAUGCUCCCCCUGGUGUCCACCAUGCCGCUGUACAACCUGCAUUUCCUCCUGUCAGAGUCCAUCUAUAGGCAGCAACACGUCUGCUCCAACCUUGUUACCCUCAAAGACCUACAGGGUCUUUCCGAGACAGGUUUCCUGGACGAUGUAUCCUACGACAGCAUCUCUCUGGGGCCGGGUUAUGACCGCCCCUAUCAGUUCAACCCAAACGUCCGCGAGGCCAAGAGCAUCCAGCUCUACAAGCACCUCAACCUCAAGAGCUGCAUCUGGACCUUUGAUGCUUACUACGACAUGACCGAGCUCAUCGACGUCUGCGGGGGCUCAGUCACCGCUGAUUUCCAGGUUCGGGACUCUGCCCAGUCCUUCCUGACGGUGCAGGUACCUCUCUAUGUGUCGUACAUCUACGUGACGGCACCGAGAGGCUGGGCCUCUCUGGAGCAUCACACCGAGAUGGAGUUCUCUUUCUUCUACGACACCGUACUCUGGAGGACAGGUAUCCAGACUGACAGCGUCCUCUCAGCCAGACUGCAGAUCAUCAGGAUCUACAUCAGAGAAGACGGACGACUGGUGAUUGAGUUCAAAACUCAUGCAAAAUUCAGAGGUCAGUUUGUCCUUGAACACCACACUCUGCCGGGCCACAAGUCCCACCUGAUGGCGCCCGACCACCUCGGAGGCAUCGAGUUUGACAUACAGCUGCUGUGGAGCGCUCAAACCUUUGACUCACCAUACCAGCUGUGGAGAGCCACCAGCUCCUACAGCAGGAAGGACUAUUCUGGGGAGUACACAGUCUUCUUGAUCCCCUGCACUGUCCAGCCCACUCAGCCCUGGAUCGACCCCGGUGACAAACCUCUGUCCUGCACGGCUCACGCUCCAGAGAAGUUUCUGGUGCCGAUCGCCUUCCAGCAGACCAACCGGCCUGUUCCUGUGGUUUACUCCCUCAACACGGAGUUCCAGUUGUGUAACAAUGAGAAGGUGUUCAUGAUGGACCCGGCUACCGCUGAUGUGUCUAUGGCUGAGAUGGACUACAAGGGAGCAUUCUCCAUGGGUCAAACUCUGUAUGGCAGAGUAUUGUGGAACCCUGAGCAGAACCUGAACGCAGCCUACAAACUGCAGCUGGAGAAGGUUUACCUCUGCACUGGCAGGGACGGAUAUGUUCCCUUCUUUGACCCCACAGGAACGCUGUACAACGAGGGGCCACAGUACGGCUGCAUCCAGCCCAACAAGCACCUGAAGCAUCGCUUCCUACUGCUGGAUCGUAAACAGCCAGACGUUUGUGACAAAUUUUUCCAUGAUGUUCCCUUCGAGGCUCACUUAGCGUCAGAUAUCCCAGAGCUGCAGUCCAUGACAGCCAUGCCGGGCGUCGACGGCUUUACAAUGAAGGUUGAUGCUCUCUACAAGGUGGAGGCGGGGCACCAGUGGUACCUGCAGGUGAUUUAUGUGAUCAGCCCGGAGUCGCGGUCCAGCCCCAGGAUUCAGCGCUCGUUGACCUAUGAGCUGAGCCGCUCCAAGCGCGACCUGGUUGAUCGCAGCGGGCGUCUGACGCUGGACGAGUCGCUGAUCUACGACAAUGAGGGCGACCAGGUGAAGAACGGCACCAACAUGAAGUCGCUCUACCUGGAGGCCGGGCCCACAGCAACCUUCAACGCCCACAUGGGCAGCACGGUGGGCGGGGGAGUGGCAGCCGUCACCCUGCUGGUCCUGGUCCUGCUGGCCUCCUGCUUCCUGUUCCGCCGCUGCCGACAGUCGGGCAAGAAGAAGAGCAAGAAAGCUCAGAAAGUGUACGAGGAGUAUCCGCUCAACACCAAGGUGGAAGUGUGCAUGGACAAGUGUGUGGAGAAGAACUUCAGCAGCAAACACUGCACAGUGAGGAACAUCAACAUCCUCAACCGCAACCAGGAGCCCAACGGCAAGGCCAAGGUCAAACAGGUCAACCUGGAGGUCAAACUCCACAACAACCUCAACGAUGGCACUGAGGUCUGAAACACUGACGAGGAAGGAAAGGAGAGGAGGAGGAAGAGGAGGAGGAGGAAGUAAAAUAAAAAAAGGUAUUUUCUAAAAGAAAGUUUGUACUUAAGGAACGAGAUGUUUGUUAAUGUAUUUUUAUACCACUUUGAAAAAGGGAAGAGUGUGACGUGCAGACAGAUACGCAGCGUUGUAAUCAUUUCGCAACUGGGCUACCUCAGGAAUCCAUAAACCACUCAGCUGCGUGAAACAGCCAAAACAUCUGCGUCUGAUCAUCCAAACUCUAUCUGAAGCUGUGGCUAAUUUCAUCACUGUCUUACUUGACAUUUACAUCCUUUUUAGCACCAAAAUGGUGACUGGUAGCUCAGACACUGGUGAUUAUUCUGACAAAAAAAACACUACUUUGCUGCAUUGAGUCAUUUCACUGCUACUAAAUAUUACAACUGUAGAGUUGCAGCCAGUGUCGAAGUCCUCCUUUUCAGCAUUUAUCAUCCACUGUUUCUGCUGAAAAAUGAACUCUGCAAACUCUGAUUAAACAGAACAAAGUCUCAUUUUCCCGUGGAGUGGCUUCUACAUCGGCUACAGCUGCUUCUGACUGCUGUGAAAGUAUUAAGCACGUACAUUGUGCUGCUAUUGUCCGAGGCUGAAUGAGUGCAGAGUGUAAAUAAUAACAAAAAUGAAUGAUACCUAUUCAAGUGCAAUUAUGCCAUACCCUUUGUUAAUCCUUCCCUCAUAAGCAGGAACUUUAUUUGCAUUUUUAAA